GUCGAGGUAGAUUUAUAGUGAAUUUACUCGAUUAAAACAUAAUUGUAGUUCUAGACUGCCUUUAGCGAUUAAUCUAUUUUGCUACUCAGAACAAGAAAUUCCAUUACAAGAAUUUGAAGGUUCACCAUCAAUGGACAUAAGUAUGCAUGUCGGGGAUCAUGACAAGAGUGGAGAAAUGCAGUACUUCAAUCUCAAUACCAUACAGACUGCUACAAACAAUUUUUCUGACUCGAAUAAGCUUGGAGAAGGUGGCUUCGGCCCUGUUUAUAAGGUGACAAAAACGAAAUGUUUCCAGGGCAAGCUAAUAGAUGGAAAGGAAAUAGCAGUAAAAAGGCUUUCAAUCAGAUCCAGACAAGGUAUUGAAGAGUUCAAGAACGAAGUGAUGUUCAUUGUGAAACUUCAACACAAAAAUCUGGUGAGGCUCCUGGGAUGCUGCCUGGAAGGAGCUGAAAAGCUUCUUGUCUACGAGUACAUGGCCAACACUAGUCUAGAUGCCUUCCUGUUUGAUCCAACAAAACGUAGAGACCUAGACUGGGCUAAACGAGCAAAUAUCGUCAAUGGGAUCGCAAGGGGCGUUCUAUAUUUACACGAGGACUCCCGUCUCAAAAUCAUCCAUAGAGAUUUGAAAGCAAGUAAUGUACUAUUAGAUGAUGAGAUGAACCCAAAGAUAUCGGAUUUUGGUACUGCUAGAAAUUUUGGUAGCAAUCAAAUCGAGGCCAACACUAACAGAAUCGUGGGUACAUACGGGUACAUGGCGCCUGAGUACGCAAUGGAGGGACAAUUCUCAAUAAAGUCCGAUGUUUAUAGCUUCGGAGUUCUGUUGCUGGAAAUCAUAAGUGGGAAAAAGAACAGUGGCUUGUAUCAUCCAAUUCCAGAGCGUGCACAAAGUCUUCUGCCACAGGCAUGGCGACUUUGGAAUGAAGGCAAGCGAGUGGAGUUGAUAGAUCAAACAUUGGUCGACGACUGUCCUGUGAGUGAAGCUCUGAGAUUGAUUCAUAUCGCGUUGUUGUGCGUUCAGGAAGACCCUAAUGAUAGACCUACCAUGUCAUUGGUAGUUCUCAUGCUUGCAAGCAGAUCGAUAUACCUACCUCAGCCAUCCGCACCUCCAUUCUCUAUUGCUAGAUUUACCUUCUCUGAUCAAUCUACAACAACGGGGGCCGAGGCAGGAAUUUCCGGUUCUGAUCAAUCUUCAACUAUUGGGGCCGAGGCAGGAAGGGUCGUGUCCACUGUCUGAUUAAUAAUAACAUGCUACAUGCUGAUCAAGAUCUGUUUUUCGUAACGUUUUCAUACCUUAACUGGUUGUUUAAUACUGUUUUUUGUAAUUGUUUGAUCGAGAGAAUCUA